GGCAGUGCGCACGCGCUCGCUGCGACUCCGGCGCGGCCGACUUCCGCUCCCACUGUGCCCCGCGAGCCGAAUCAUGGAUCACAGUGACAAUGAGUUACAAGGCACUAACAGUUCUGGAUCACUUGGUGGUCUUGACGUGCGCAGACGAAUUCCUAUAAAGCUCAUCUCCAAACAGGCCAACAAAGCCAAGCCUGCCCCUCGCACUCAGAGGACCAUCAACAGGAUGCCCGCCAAGGCCGCUGCUGGCGAGGAAGAAGGAUUUGAUUAUAAUGAAGAAGAACGCUAUGACUGUAAAGGGGGUGAACUGUUUGGAAAUCAGCGGAGAUUUCCUGGACACCUUUUUUGGGACUUUCAGAUAAACAUCUUGGGUGAAAAGGAUGAUACGCCAGUUCACUUCUGCGACAAGUGUGGAUUACCUAUUAAAAUCUACGGACGAAUGAUUCCAUGCAAGCAUGUUUUUUGCUAUGACUGUGCUAUUUUACAUGAGAAAAAGGGAGAUAAGAUGUGUCCAGGCUGUAGUGAUCCUGUGCAGCGAAUUGAGCAGUGCACACGAGGGUCUCUCUUCAUGUGUAGCAUUGUUCAGGGGUGCAAGAGAACCUACUUGUCGCAGAGAGACUUGCAGGCGCACAUCAACCAUCGCCACAUGAGAGCUGGAAAACCUGUUCCCCGAGCCUCGCUGGAGACCGUUCAUCCGCCUAUUGCCCCGCCUCCCGCUGAAAUCCCUGAGCGCUUUAUAAUGCCGCCAGACAAGCACCACCUGAGCCACAUUCCACCAAAGCAGCACAUCCUGAUGCCCCCGCCGCCCCUGCAGCACGUGCCCCACGAGCACUACAGCCAGCCUCACGAGGAUAUCCGUGCUCCGCCGGCGGAACUGGCCAUGGCUCCUCCUCCACCUCGCCCGGUCAGUCAGGAAACCUUUCGUAUUUCAACAAGAAAACACAGCAAUUUAAUAACUGUCCCUAUUCAGGAUGACUCCAGUUCAGGUGCUAGAGAACCGCCACCUCCUGCCCCAGCACCUGCUCACCACCACCCUGAGUAUCAGGGUCAGCCAGUGGUGUCGCACCCUCAUCAUAUUAUGCCUCCACAGCAACAUUAUGCACCACCCCCACCUCCUCCACCACCUAUAAGCCAUCCAAUGCCACAUCCUCCCCAGGCCGCAGGUACUCCUCACUUGGUGUAUAGCCAAGCUCCACCUCCACCAAUGACCUCUGCUCCCCCACCAAUCACCCCUCCCCCUGGACAUAUUAUUGCCCAGAUGCCACCUUAUAUGAACCAUCCUCCUCCAGGACCUCCCCCACCUCAGCAUGGUGGCCCACCUGUAACUGCACCCCCUCCUCACCAUUAUAAUCCUAACUCUUUGCCCCAGUUCACUGAAGAUCAAGGAACUCUGAGUCCUCCAUUUACUCAGCCUGGGGGAAUGAGUCCUGGUAUAUGGCCCGCACCAAGAGGGCCACCACCUCCUCCACGAAUGCAGGGUCCGCCUUCUCAAACCCCACUUCCUGGACCACAUCAUCCAGAUCAGACAAGAUACAGACCGUAUUACCAAUGAUGAUAGUAUUGUGAACUGAAGAUGUGAUGAGGAAAAAAAAAAAGGAAAAACUUGUGUAUAGUCAAUGUUGUAACUCAGCUCGGAUUGUGUGGGGACUGAACGGUGCCACUUACUGAGGUGGCUGUAAAACAUAGGGUCUGGUCUCUUGAAAUGCUUUUAAAUCUCGACCUUAGGAUUGAUUUCAAGUACUAUAGUACAGAGAGGUGGCUCAGUUGAGCACAGUUAUAUUUUAACAUCUCUGCUCCCUGAGUACAGUAGAUUGACCCAGAGGUGACGAUUUGUAAAAAAUUGAAAACAAUUUUCAUUGUUCCACUUUGAAAAGUAUUGCUUUUGUUAAACCCAAUGUUUAGUUUUCCUUGUGAUACAUUUUGUUAACCUGUGUAAAAGGAUUAAAUUUCAGUAUGGUUGUAAAAAUACUAUUUUUAUGUGAAUUUAAGUGCAGCCACAUACUGUUUUUAAAAACCCCAUGUUACCACUAAUUUCCCAAAGCUACAAUAAAAUCUUAAAGGUAAAAAUCUAUUAAAAAUUGCUCUAAGGCAGACUGUUAAAUGAUAAAGAAUUAUUUCACAUUAUAGGCACUGAAAUUUUGAGGUAUACUAAACAUAUAAUGCAUUUCACUGGGAGGCCUUUCCGUUUGAGGCAGCCUGGGCGCACCAGAGAGAAUGCAUUGGAAUUCCAGGACUGAGCUGCGUCUGUCAUCCUAGGAGGCAUUACGAGUGACUAAGCCAUCUCUGGGCACCGUGCUGGUGGGGGCGCCGUCCCUCAGGCCCUCAUUGAUGCUUUCAUACUGAAUGGCUGGAAUCAGGAUGCACCACACUUAGUAAUCUCUAGUAACAUUAUUUUAUAUAGAACUGUUUAAAUGGUAUUAUUUAGAUGAAAUGUGUUCUGUUCAUUUUCUUAAGCUAACUAUGUAGGACUAAAUAGGCUUUAUAAUAUAGUUCCUCAUUUCAUGGUAGAGCUUGAUCCUGUGUUAAGUGGGCUCUUGAUUAGAUUUGAAUCUACAGUUUGACUGCCAUGGAGGAAUUUGAAUACUGUAUUAAUGAAGGACUUUUUCUUGUAAUCACCAACUUACAUUUGCUCAGGUUUCAUUGCUGUGUGAUGAGCUUCUCCCCCCCCCACCCCGUCCCGUUCUAACUUGACAUUUAAAAACUAUUGUUUUCUAUUCCUUCUGUUGCUUAGACUUUAGCAUGGAGUCAACGAUGAAAACUACCAGAUAAUUUUGUAUUGGAAAAGAAAAAAAUGAACUAAAUUGUGACUUUCAGUGCUUCCUAAGGUGCCUUUAGAGUCAGCUUUUACAUGAUAGGGGCUUGUUGCAGUCCAGCUGAGAUGACCACUUACAGUUUAUACAGAACUCAGUCUAAAUCAGCGUUCUUAGGAUAUCUUCUUUAUCCUUUGACUCAACCCCUGUGAAGACCCCCCCCCAAUGGUGCAUAAUAAAAACAUGAAAUGUGUAGUAUGAAGAUAUCAUUUAUUAGAUAGCUUGUAGGAUAUAAAUUUAGAACAUAUUUCUUUUGACAAAAAGGUAAGCUGUUGCUAAUUUAGCAUUUUAUGCUGUCAGGUACAGGUAAAACAGAUUCUCACCUUGGAUAAUCCAGAUACAAAGUCGUUUCUGAACUUAGACCAGAAGUUAGAAAUAAUACAAAUGGCCGUUUCUGUUUUGGCCAAAAAAAAAUUAAUACUUUUUUUUUUUCUUUUAAGUGAGUGGUUUUUCACCCUUAGCAGUUUGAGAGUCCAGUGUUAAUGCACUCUUUCUAGUGAGAAGUUCUUGUUAUUAGAAGCAUGGAGUGGGGAGUGAGCCGCCGUUGGUGAGUGCUUCUGUCGCGUUGCUGUGGGUACUUGGACACGUGUGAACGUGGCUUCUCUCCAUGCCUCUGUUUAGGAGCUGUUAAAACAACUGUUGGAAAUCCAAGCCUUUCUUUGCCAGAUUGUCUUUAGAGCUUCUCAGAAGAGCUCUCUUUCUGUUGAAAUUUAGAGUUGAAUGUGGUAAGUCACCACUUAGACUAUGUGUUGAAUUAAAAAAAAAAUCAGUGUCAUAAAGUUUCACUUGUUAAGAGAAUAAUUAAUUAGAGGCUUUACAGUCGGACCUAUUUUCAGUUAGUUAAUAAGUCAGUGUUAUGCAGGGAAGCAGGUCAGGUGAAUGUCUUGUAGAGGACAAAAUUUUUGAACGGUGUUAGACUUGAAUUCGUUAGUUAAUGGUUUGAAUGAGGGCAGGCAGGUGCAAGGAUUACGAAAUAUGUUAGUGUUUGUUUCCUCAAGGAAACGUGUGAAUCCCAGCCUUAUUUCAGAGACGCCUUUGAAGCUAUGAUGAUCAGAAGUCUAAAUUAAAUGUAUGUAUGUUUCAUUAUAUUGCUCUGAAGACUACUGAGGUGGCAGUUGAUUCUUAAAACAAUAAAAUGGAAGCAUAAA